AUGGGGGUUUCUGAGGCGCUGCCUUUAGACGGUGGUCCCACCAAGUUUGAAAAUCUGCCCUUGAAUUGUUCCACUAAACCCUUGCGAUUGACUAGGCGCCGUUCGCGACUUGCGUUGCUAACCAAAUUCCUCACCAAUGCGACUCUUGUUUUCGUGUUCGUGCUCACCAUCGUUCACCGUCACGUUCUCCUUGCCGUACUUCGUUUCGACUCACCACCUUCAGCGCAAAUCAGGAACCCUGCGUAUCUCAUCCGUGCGGAUCACGGGGCAGUCGCGUCCGAGAAUCAGAGGUGUUCUGAUAUAGGGGUCGACGUGUUGAAGGAGGGUGGAAAUGCCGUUGACGCUGCUAUUGCGGCAACUUUCUGCACUGGAGUCGUGAACAUGUUCUCGUCAGGAAUUGGUGGCGGAGGAUUUAUGACCGUUCGCAUUCCUCCGAACAAUGCUUCUUCGCGUUCAGAAGUAUAUACAAUUGAUUUCCGGGAAACUGCACCGGCUUUAUCAAAUAGCACUAUGUAUGUAUCGAACCCGAAAGCCUCACAAUUUGGAGGAUUGUCUGUGGGAAUCCCUGGAGAAGUUCUUGGGCUCGAGGAAGCUCACCGCCGCUGGGGGACAAUGCCGUGGAAGCGUUUGGUUGCGCCAAGCAUAAAUCUUGCCAAUGGCUGGGAAGUGGACAGAGAACUAGCGCGCAGAAUUCCUUGGUUUGCCGACCUUAUGCUAAAUAACCCAGAUUGGAGUGCGGUCUUCGCUCCUAAGGGAGUGCUACUAAAGUUGGGCGAAACAAUUCGCCGCACCAAUCUUUCUCGCACAUUACAAAAGAUAUCUAAAGAAGGCGCCCGCGGAUUUUACACAGGUCCAAUUGCGGACUCUAUCGUGCGUAAGGCACAGCUGGAAGGAGGGAUUAUCUCGCAUUCAGAUUUAGAACAUUAUUCCGUCAAAGUCGAACGUGCAUUAGAAGGAACUUAUCGCGAUAAGAAGGUUUAUACCACGCAUGCUCCAACUUCAGGUCCCGUACUUUUACACAUGCUGAACCUAGUGGAAAAGUAUGAAAUGAGAGAAAGAGAUGGCCUCAAUAUCCACAGGUUGUUGGAAAUCAUAAAAUUUGGAUUCGCCGCUCGCACCAAAGUCUGUGACCCUCGAUUUGGUAACAACACCGCACGAAUCAACGAAUUAUCAACGAAGGUCUACGCGGAUAUGAUCUUUAGGAAUAUCACUGAUGACUGCACACAUCCACCCGAGUAUUACAAUCCAGAAUUUGAUAUCAAGGUGGACCAUGGGACGAGUCAUACAUCAGUAGUCGACAAGAAUGGUAUGGCAGUUUCUUUGACUUCAACUGUCAAUCAGGUCUUUGGUUCCCGGGUUCUGGAUCCUGAGACAGGAAUAAUCUUAAAUGACGAAAUGGAUGAUUUUUCCACUCCGGGUCGACCCAAUGGAUUUGGACUGUGGCCUUCGCCUUUUAAUUAUCCAGAACCCGGGAAACGUCCACUUUCCUCGACGGUGCCGACAAUCAUUGAACACGCUGAUGGUUCAUUUUACCUUGCUAUUGGAGGCUCUGGGGGCUCGAAGAUAUUCCCUUCCGUUUUCCAGGUGAUCCUUAAUCUCGGUUGGGGACUUGAUAUCAGCCAAGCGAUUGAAUUUGGAAGGCUUCACGAUCAACUAUAUCCCCUCUUCGUUGAGGCAGACGACGUCUAUCCAACGGAUAUCCUCGAAGAUCUUGUGCAGCGUGGACAUAAUGUGACAGGUUGUGUCUCUGAAAAAAUCAAUUCCAAGGCUCUUUCGUACUGA